AGAGAGAGAGAGAGAGAGAGGGAGGGCUGCGUGGCGUGAGGCAGUGCGUGCGCUCAGUGUUUAGGUGAAUCCACAGCCCUCUGGCUCACAAGGAUAAAGGAGCCUCUCCAAGGAAGACAGAGAAAAAGCAGCACAAGGACUUCUCUCUUUUAUUUUAAUCAGCCUCUGUCGUCUUUCUUUUCACUCCAUCCUUUCGCUAGCCACCAGCUCCUUGUGUCUAUUCUGUGUCUCUUUUUUUUCCCCCCCUCCAUCUCUUUUGUUCCCUGCAUCCGUCUGUGUUUCACCACGAUUCAGAAAGAAGGAAGAGAAGAGAAGAGUCAGAGGCAUCAUCCUCGCUUCCUGCACGCCCAGCCGGUGGUGGGUGCUGAUGCUGUAACCUCUGUGUGGAGCUGACAAGCCCUGGUUGAUGCAGUGAAGUGUUACGGAGGGAUACACACAAGCGAAGGGGGCUCAUGGGAAACCUCCUGAAAGUGCUGGCUUGCGCCGAACUUGAGCAUGGCCCAAUAGUUUUCCUUGACUUUGAACAUGCCCAGCCCACAGAGGCAGAGACAGCCGUGUGGAACCAGGUCAGCGCCGUGCUGGAGGAGGCACAUGGGAUCCUAGCAGAGCUGCAGUCCUAUAAUGGCGCGGGCCAGGAGAUACGAGAAGCCAUCCAGAAUCCAGGCGACCUCGCGCUACAGGAGAAGGCCUGGAAUGCAGUCUGCCCCCUGGUGGCCAAACUGAAGCGCUUCUAUGAGUUUUCCCUCCGACUGGAGAAUGCCCUACGCAGUCUGCUGGAGGCGCUGACCAGCCCGCCGUACGCUCCUAUGCAGCACCUGGAGAGAGAGCAGGCUCUGGCCAAACAGUUUGCUGAGAUCCUUCACUUCACGCUCAGCUUUGAUGAGCUAAAGAUGACAAAUCCAGCCAUUCAGAAUGACUUCAGUUACUACAGGAGGACUAUAAGCAGGAACAGGCUGAACAACCAGCAGCUGGAGGCGGAGAAUGAGGUUAACAAUGAGAUGGCCAAUCGGAUGUCCCUGUUUUAUGCUGAAGCAACACCAAUGCUGAAGACUCUGAGCAACGCCACUACCAAGUUUGUUUCAGAGAAUAAGACCUUGCCCAUUGAGGACACCACAGACUGUCUGAGCACCAUGGCUUGUGUGUGCCGUGUAAUGCUGGAGACUCCGGAGUACCGUUGUCGAUUCACCAACACAGACACCAUGCUGUUCUGCAUGAGGGUGAUGGUGGGAGUCAUCAUUCUCUAUGACCAUGUUCACCCUGUCGGGGCUUUCGCUAAAACCUCCAAAAUUGAUAUGAAGGGCUGCAUCAAAGUGCUGAAAGAGCAGCCGUCCAACAGUGUGGAGGGACUUCUGAACGCACUGAGGUACACGACACGACAUCUAAACGAUGACAGCACCUCCAAACAAAUCAGGGCCCUGCUGCAAUGAAGAGGAGGCGAGGGGUAGAGAGAGGAAGGCGUGCACUUGAAGGAGGAAACAAACGCUAGUUGCUGAUAAACCUGUUUGUUUACAAUGAACAAAGAAAUUCAUCUCCAGGUUUGUAGAAACCUGAUGAUAAUAAGAAGAGGAAAAUAAUUAUAUAUAUUGUCAGCUGUCCAUCAUUCUGUCUCUCAUUUUGUAAAGUAAGAAAAGAGAAAAAAAAAGCAAGAAAAGAAAAUAUAGAUAUAUAUUAAAACAAGUGAAAACAAGCUGCAGAUGACAAAUACGUAGGAUUAAAGAGGAAGCUAUAUUGCAAAAUCUAAGGUCGGAAUCAAAGCAAACUGAAAAUGUAAAAAGGGGUUAUGUUCCAGCAGUAGUCUGACGAGUAUUUUUGCACACACUUUAAAAACAACGCCAUUCUCCUUCUCCCUGAUAUCUGAUCCCGGAUACUUCCUGUUUCCCCCCCUCACACACUCAGUUUUACCAAAAGCUGUCUCCUUCAGCUGCACUGAUCUCUACCUACAGGCGAUUUAUGGAGCAAUGUGAUGGAUGCACUCCGGAGAUUUGCUUCAACCUGUUUGUUUCUGUUGUGCAUCUGUGCACCUGAAGGAAAGGAGGCAAGGACAUGAGUAGUCUUCGGAGGAUGUCUCCAUUUUCACCCUGAUUUCUUCCUCAUGGCCUGUCACUAUUACCUGCUCAUCCUUCCAUCCAGCUCCAUCCAUGGGAUGUGUAGUUUUUCCUUGACACAAAAACAACUCCAUGACACUUUGUGUGCCCUUAUGCUGUAAAUGUUCCAGCACAAAACAAUCUGGUGAAGUUGUCUGGCUUUACUUGAACAAUGUUGUUCACUCUCUCUCUCUUUCUCCAUGGUGCUAAUGUGGUUUAGAUAUCACAGUACUACUUACUUUUUAGAUACCAUGAACAAUGUGUUUAUUUAUCCCUUUUUGUGCUGAUAUUGUGUGAUUUAACAUCAGGGCACAAACAGGGAUGAAUGACCUGAAGGGGUUCAAGAAACACAUCAUAGGAAAUCACAGCACACUUACUUUUUCACCCAGUGCCAAAGCUCAUUGGUUUUUGCUUUUUUUUUUUUGCUAUGGAGAGCGACUUGAAAAUGAGAGUUUGAGGGGAUGAAAUCUUCUAGCUGAACAUCACUGAUCAUCAUUUUAGGUACAUAUGAGGGUGAGGAACAGCCAAGAACAUUUAAAAGAAUAACUCCAAAGUCUAAGGCGGUCAUAUUUACACAUUUGCAUUUU